AACCGGCACCGGUGUCAUUGGAUGGAGAGAGGCGCCUGAAGAAGGGAGAGCGGUGGAGUUGGUCUACUCCCCUCCUCCUCCUCCUCCUCCUCCUUCCUCCCUAUUGCACCAAAAGAAAACUCCGGGCUGCCUGCAGCACCAUGUCCUCGCCUCAGAGUGAGGAUAUAUCAGGCUACCAUCUGAGCGUGGUGCGUAACCCGCCGGGCUGGGAGGUGGGGAUCUACCUGGUGGGCUUCUUCGUGCUGCUGGGCAUGGCUGGGUUCAACAUUUGGAAGUUGUGGAAAUCUGGAACGUUCCCCACGCCGUCCCCCUUCCCCAACUUUGACUAUCGGUAUCUGCAAGAAAAGUAUGGAACCUCCUUCUCAGAAGUCAGACAAAAGAGAGUGGCAGCCAACAACCACCGGCGGACUUCCACCACCUCCAGCCGGAAGCCCAGCCUGGCCCUCGGUGACACUCCAGAUGGCUUCAGAGACCUGGGCCACCUGGAGCUAAUGAGCAGGGAGCUGGACCCGACCGGCAUGGCUCAGCUCAACCGAUCCAUCUCUACAGACUCGCUUAGCUCCAUCUCCUCCAUCGCCAACAACUUCGGCCAUGACUUCACAGUUGGCCAGCUGGAAGUGACCCUGGAGUUUGAGCCGUCCAGGCACCCGGUCCACGGGACGGGAAUGCUCCACAUCACCCUGCACCAGGGCAAAGACCUGCUGGAGAGGGAGGAAGGGGACUUCCCCGGCUGCUUCAUCAGAGUCUCGCUGGGGUCAGAGGAGCUUAAUGUGGGAGUCACAAGGGUCCAGACGAAUGCAUUCACCGUGAUCUUUGAUGAGCGAUUCUCCAUCCCCAUGGAUCAGUCCACUCUGGAGGAGUACAGCCUUCGCUUUGCUGCUUUUGGCAUCGACACCGACGAAAGAAACAUCAGCGCAGGCGUAGCAGAGCUCAAGCUGUCAGACCUGGACCUGACCAUCAGACCGUUCAACGCCUGGCUCUACCUUCAAGAUGUCAAUAAGGCCGUCGAUGCUGUCGGGGAGAUCUUGUUGUCUCUCAGCUAUUUGCCGACAGCAGAGCGCCUCACUGUGGUUGUGGCCAAAUGCAAGAACCUGGUUUGGACCAACGGCAAGAACACCGCAGAUCCGUUUGUCAAAGUGUAUCUCCUGCAAGAUGGCAGGAAGAUCAGCAAGAAGAAGACUUCCACCAAAAGGGAUGACACGAACCCCAUCUUUAAUGAAGCCAUGAUCUUCUCUGUGCCGUCUAUCGUCCUGCAGGAGCUCUCCCUGAGGGUGACAGUGGCCGAGGCCACAGACGACGGCCGGGGAGAGAACCUGGGCCACGUGAUCAUUGGCCCCGAGGCCAGCGGGAUGGGCAUCACCCACUGGAACCAGAUGCUGGCCACCCUGAGGAAGCCUGUGUCCAUGUGGCACCCUCUACGCAGGAUCUAGUCCUCUCAGCACACCUACAUCUCUGUUUCAAGUAAAACAUUCACGUGUUCCUUUGAACUCUUGUCUUGUUUGGUGCCAUGCUCAGAUGUGUUCUAGUGUUUCAGUGGGAUAGAGUUUACAUCGUGACCCACAGAAUCGGAGGUAACUCCUCGUCUUCAGAUGGGGGAGGGAGGAAUCUGAAAAGCCAGUGUUUGGCUCUGAAGUGAGUCAAUCAGUUAUGCACUUGUCUUUAUUGUUCAGCUCCAUCCUGGGUUGGGUACGUUAUAAGUGAGGGUGGCAUUUAAACAGGGUCUGAAAUCACUCACCGAAAGUCACUGGGGAGUUUUUCAAAUCUUGUACAUCGCUCAUCCUCCCUCUGCUCCUUUGGCUGGAGAGAGAAUCAGUCUGAAACCCGAAUAUACGCUCCAGCUCCAGUGAAGGAGACGUAAAUUGGUGGAUGUUUUUUCGCUUCUCACAAGUCCUCAUCAACUAUUUCAGUUUGGACUUGCGAAGUGAGUUUUAUCUAAGAAAAGGAGCCCGACCUUGGCGGGCGCAACCCCUCCCUCUGCAUGGUGCCUACUCUGGUUGUAGCCUAUUAUAGCUGUCUAGAGAAUGAUCGACUGGAUGGAGGGGUGAAAUCGCUUCUCUUUCAGGAAAACACUAAUUUGUCUUUUCAAACCAGUCAUUGAUUGCGCCUACUUGAUUGAUUUCGUAGUGGUUUCGGAGCUGAGUUCAGUGAGCUCUAUUGGAUUUGCUUGUGUAAUUUGUUAACAGUGAGACUGAUAAAUAAUAGAGGUUUUGGUAUGUUCAGUAUUUAUUGUGCUUUUGAAAAAAAAAAUCCAGGUACUCUUAUCCAGGUGAAAUAAUUGUAAUUUGUAGCAGUUGUUACAGGGUGGCAAAAUCAGAUGUAAUCAUCCUAUAAACAUAAUGUUACAUUGUUCUAUUUUCACCAUGAUUAAUGCAAUACUAGUUGCAUACACAUAUUUCAGUGUAAAUAGUGUACUUCAACAUUCUCCUCAUUGGCAUUUUGUUUUCUCUAAAUUCUAGGUGCAAAUCCUGUUUUUCAUAGUAUGACCAUUAAUAAACAUCAAACUCCAUUCAUACAACACUAUAUUUAACACCAAUAUAAUUGCUGAUCAAAUAAUAAUUAUCUAAACACCUCUGGGAAUUUAACUUGUGAUGUAAAGUACUAACCCCUUUAAAUGGGUUUACAGUUUCGUUUAUGUUAGAGGAAACACCUUGAUAUUCUGAAUCAAUCUGUAGUUGUUGUUCACCGGGCUACUUGUCACCCUCAUUUUAGUGUUUUUUGUAAAGUUACCUGCAAACUUCUCAUCUCGAAUGAUAAUCCUGCUAGAAAUGUUUUUGGUUAAAAUAAAGACGGACGUGACAAGAGUCUUGUAACGGUCAGAAUGUCAAGGUGACUUUUUAUCUGUCUGGGAUAUUCUCUACAACCUUGUGCAAUAGUGCUGUUUUGUUGUAACCUUUGAAUGUGAAUUAUCAUGUGAAAUGUCUGCUAACUCUAAAAGCAUAAUCAACCUCAUUGCAUUGUUGUGAUUUUUUUUUUUUUUCCAGCAGAACCUACUGCACAUUUUUGGUCAAAUUCUUACAGCAUUUCUCACCUCACUUUGAAAAUCAAUCCAAAAAUAACACAUAUAAUAGACAAUAUUUCCUACUGUGCCAAAUGAUGAAGCAAUAUUUUCAUUUAUAGUCAGCAUUUGCAUUCAAUUCAACAAAGCUGUAGCCUACAUUGGACCAUGCAUGAAGUUAUUUAGCACUUGAUGUGAAUGUGCCUCCAGAAUACAGUGUAUUGUGUGAAUGCUCUUUGAAAUAAAAAGCAAUUCAACAGUAA